AUGUCGGACUCCAGAUCCCGGUUACUAUCCCAAAUUCCACUUAUUGUGAUGCCGGGAAAGUACACCAAGCCUCAUCCUGUGACGCUGCCGUACGACUUUGAGCAGUUACCGGCCUCCACACAGAUAUUCAAACAGCAAGAAUUAGAUGUACUUAUAUCGCAAUUGGAUAACCUACGCGAAAAUCAGCGGCAAAUGGCUGACCAAGUAAGAGAAAGAUACGGAGAAACAGCAUUGAGUAACCGAUCUCGGCCAUUCGAUGACUGGGAGCAAAAUAUUAGAAGGGUGGCACCUGGGUACUUUGGGGCUGAUGGCAAAGUGAAUAUUAUGACUCCCACUAGACAUCAUGGCGAGCAUGAGAAACAGCAGGAGCGCGAACAGCAUGCAGAUGUACCUCAAUCAGAUGCCAAACUGAAGUCCCCUGAAGAUUGCGAGCCACAGCUGACGGGCGCAAGCUAUGACCUUGCAAAUUUACGUAUAGAAUAG